UGGCCAGGAGAAAGAGGAAGAUGCGGCGGCUUCUAUUUACGGGCUUCAACGCUUUUGGCCAGCAUGAAUUUGUUAACGGCAAUGCCGCCGACUGCAACGCCGGCUUUAGCGAAUUAAAGGCCCCUUUCUCGGAUAAGAACCAGUGCACGAUUUCGAUUGCUUGGCGGUAUUCGGCCCUCGCUUUUGGCCGGAAGUUAUGGCUUCGUGGCCUGUUGGCCGAGUGUCCCAAUGAGUGCGUGACCCUCGAAGCACCGGGUGAUAUAAAGGCCCUGGCCGCCGGCGAUACCCAUUGCCUGGUAUUACUGCACAACGGUCAACUGUACAGAGUAAAGCCUAACUUGAAGGCGGAACUAUUGCCAGUCAGACUGGAGGCUCCGCCCCGAUCCAAUUCCGGCACAAAGCGCUCUAUCUUUGGGAUACCCAAGGUGCCUGAGUUAUCUAUUGAGCACAUUGCCUGCGGAUCGCAUAUAAACGUAGCUGUUAGCUCGGAAAAUGCCGUGUACAGUAUUCCCAGUUGCCUGCAUCAGUUUCCCGGACGACAGUUUCGGGUGAAGCAGCUGGAAUGUGGCCACGAGCAUGCCGUGCUCCUCAAUGGCAACGGUGACGUGUUCACCUGGGGAAAUGGACUCCGCGGACAGCUGGGUCAGGCCGUUUUGAAAGUGGAGGAGGCGCCACUCUUGGUGGAGGCACUGGCGGGGAUCAAGAUAACUCGCAUUGCUGCCGGCGGUUGGCACAGUGCGGCCAUAUCCGCCUUCGGGGACCUCUACACCUGGGGCCUCAACUGCAGCGGCCAGCUGGGAGUGCGUGUGAUGAAGCCGGGUGGCUUGCUCAAAGAGCCCACUGUCUAUCCGCUGCCCCAGCUGCACGACCUGCCCGAGUGUGGUUGCUCCACAAAGUCCGAUCAUUCCGACGAUGACUGUGCUCCGUUGGGGGUGUUUGCCGGUUCUCGUCACACUCUGUUGAUCCGUCGGUGCGGGGGGCUAUGGGCCACUGGCUGGUGCAGGUACAGCCAGUUGGGCAAGCAGCUCCACCUUCAGCAUAAGAACCUGUCUUACUUGGAUGUAUUCCAGCCGCUGGAUGGAAUUGCUCUGGACACUACCUCUGAUCGUGUGCUAUGCGGUCCUUGGUCAACGGUGAUAUUUUGUGGGAAAAAGUCAGAAGAUUGAUGGGGUUUUAUAUAGAGGUAUAAGAUAAAUAUGAUUAUUGGUUUUAAAAAAAUUACAUUUUGGUUAAUUUUUAGUGAAAAUCUGAGAGAAGAGGUUAUUUUCAAACAAAAAAUAAAUUAAAUACAAUUAAUAA